AUGCCUCGAAGCGUUGCUGCCAAUUCGCAUUUCAUUUUGAAUGCCAAAGCGAAGAGCAUCAUUGAAACGUAUCAUGAGAGCUCGGAUGAAGAAGAUGCCGGAAUGGUUACACGAAGACAAGCUAAACAGGAUUUGAUGUUUACAAAAUCGAAAAACCAAAAAGAUGUAAAUCAACAAAUUAUUGAUGCCUUUAUUGAGAAACAUCCCGAAAUUGCUGUGGCCAAUAGACAAAAGUUGGAACAACAAUCAUCCACUGAUGGAAAUGAUAUUGAAGAUUCCGUACAUUCCAUACAGAAGAAGAUUAAAAAAUUAAAGAAGAAACUUGAACAAAUCGAGAAGGAGGAGGAAAAACUUGAAAAUGCCGAUACCUCAUUAGGACAAGAAAAUGAACAACGUUCCAAAAAGAAGAGAAUUCUGAAAGAAAUUUCACUCCUCAAAGAAAAACUUAUUGUGAAAAAUUCUCAACUCAAGAGAAAGAAGAACCAAGAAUUCAGAGAGGGAAAGGAAGAGGAAGAAAAAGCAAAACAACUCAUUGUGAAAACCGUUGUGGAUGUCAAACAAAAGCCAAGUCAAGACGAAGAGCAAGAAAAUUCCAAUAUUGCUUUGAAUGGAAUGGAUAUUAGCGACGAUCAUCAUGCCGAGGAGGAAGAGGCAGAACAAAACUCGGCCAACGGAGAGUCAAAUGAAGAAGGAAGCUCAACAACAAGUACCAAUAAUCCUAUCACUUCUACUAAUACUAUCACCAAUAUGGAUGCAUCAAAAUCGACCAUUAUCAAGCCUGCUACUGAAAAAUCAUCCAAGGCAAGCUUAGAGUCAUCCAAGCAACAGCAACACAAUUCCUCCCUUCCAAAAAAGAAGGUCUUGGUUGAAUAUGUUCCUCCAUACACUAGAAAGAACUACACCGUUACGAUAGCCAUCCCAGGCUGCAUUCUGGACUCAAACAUGUCGGACGAACAAAAAACUCUCAUUUGUACCUCUAUUGCAAGAGCUUGCACAUGUUUCAAAGUCAAUGAAAUUAUCAUCUACAAUGAAAAGGGAGAUUUACUCGAUACCUCAAACUUUUUACCAAAUAUUGAACCUCCUGUAGUGACAGAAAUGAAGGAAAAAGCAAAAUAUGGAGAGUCAAAAAAGAAAAAGCAAAAGCAAGAGGACUACAUUUCACUUGCCAUCGAUAAGCAUGUGUAUUUGGCGAACAUGUUAUAUUUUUUGGAGACACCACCUUAUUUGCGAGAAAAGCUCAUUCCAAAACUGAAAAUGUUGAAAACAGCCAUGUCCAUGCCACAAGACAUUCUCGAUAGUUCUCAUCAUUUAAAUGCCAUGGAAAUGUCACAUCCCUACAGGGAGGGCCUCGUAUUGGAAGAGGGCAAUCUUGUAUAUGUUGGCCACUCAAAAUUGGUAAAGCUGAAAAAAGCUGUACCACCUGGUUUGAGAGUCACUGUGGAAAUUUAUAACACACAACAAGGAUAUCAUGAGGGAAGAAUUGUGAGCUCAGAAACUCCUAAACAAAAGAAAGGUCUCUACUGGGGCUACAAUGUUCGUCUUGCGUCAUGUUUUAGCGAAAUUUUCACUCAAUCACCCUAUAAGGAAGGUUACGAUAUGAUUGUGACACACGCUGAGUUUGGUAAAAGCAUUGACGCAAAGGAUUAUGACUUGCCAAGCUUUAAGCACCUGUUAAUUGUUUUGGGAGGAAUGCAUAUCAUUUCGGAUGCCAUUCAAAACGAUGUGAAUAUUGUCAAAAACUACAACUCUAGAAAUUUAUUUGAUCAAAUUAUUAACUUGUGCCCAAAUAAUGGUUUACGGUCUAUGAGAAUUGAGGAUGUGUUGACUCUUGGAUUGGGAGCACUUCGAAAGAAAAUUGAUUUUAAUCUUCCCCCAGCUGAGGUGCCUCAAAAAGAUUUAUCGAAUUUCUUUGUGUCCAAAUAA